AUGAGUGAAAAACAGUCACUCGUAGAUAUGGAAAAAGAGGCUCAAAGCCUCAGAAAAGUAGCAUUCAUGGGAGUGUCGAUGGCUACCAUUGCUACUGUCCUUUGCGUUGUUUCGGUUCCCAUGCUUUACAAUUAUAUGCAACAUAUGCAAUCUAUUAUGCAAAAUGAGGUUGACUUCUGCAAGUCCAGGUCUGGUAGUAUCUGGAGAGAAGUUUCAAGAACUCAGGUUUUAGCAAAUGUUUUUGGUAAAUCUGUUUCAACAUCUCGACAUGCACGUCAAGCUGGCUAUGGAUACAAUAAUCCUUCGUUAGCCGUCGAAAGUUCGUUUGGUGGCGGAUGCUGCGGUUGCGGUGUUAGCCCACCUGGACCUCCUGGUCUACCAGGAUUAGAUGGCAAUGACGGAGACAAUGGUUCCCCAGGAGAAGAUGGUCGAGACGGUCCUGAUGCACCACCACCACCACCACCACAACUUGUCGAUUGGUGCUUCGACUGCCCUGAUGGACCAGCAGGACCUGCAGGUCUUCCAGGUCCCAAGGGACCAAAUGGAAACCCAGGAGCACCAGGAGACCAAGGAAACCCUGGUAACAAUGCAGCCGGAGGACCACCAGGACCAAUGGGUCCACCAGGAGAACCAGGAGAGCCUGGACGCUCUGGCCCACCAGGACAACCGGGAACGGUCAAAGAAGUUCCAGGUCCAGAUGGACAACCAGGUCCAGCUGGCCCACCAGGACCUUCAGGACUUGAUGGUCAACCCGGAAUCCCAGGAUCUCCAGGAGCUGAUGGUUCUCCAGGUGAUGCAGGAGACCAAGGAUCUUCAGGACUACCAGGCAAACCAGGUUCAGGUGGUCCACCAGGUCCAGAUGGUCUUCCCGGACCAAGUGGAGGUUGUGACCACUGCCCACCACCCCGAACAGCCCCAGGAUAUUAA